AUGGAGAGAGGAAAUCGGAGGAAUGAGGAUGAUGUCAAUGGUGCUCAGGUGCACGUCAUGCUUAUUGCUUACCGCGAUGGACAUGAGAUCAGUGGCGGCUCUGCCAGGGCGCCCCGCGGCGGCAGCUCGGCCAGCGACGCGGUGACCGGCAGGGACGGGGGCGUUGGCGGCGCAGAGACCGGCGAGGGUGUUGGAGGCUCGGAGACCGGCAGGGGCGGGGGGCGUUCGGCCGUCGGGGUUGGGGACGCAGAGACUGGCGAUGGCGGGGGCAGCGGCACAGGCUGCACCCGCGGUGGCGGAGGAGUCAGGACUCGGGUGCCGGGGGACCAGGUCGCAAGGAGGCAGGCGCGUCGGGACUCGGGCGCUGGUGGGUAUGUGUCUGCUGGAACAAGCUGGCUGAAUGGUGCUUUUAGCAAGGUCGCCAAGGCUGGUCAUAUUGCUGGCUCAAGAACCAGAGAGAAGUUCCAAUUAGCGGUGACAAACCUAACAGCCAAAUUAAUUCUUGAAAUACCAAGGUAA